UUGCAUGACUCUGUCACUGCCUACGUCAUUACGUUUUCGUGGGUAGCUGCUUCCUGAAGCCCAACACAGCAAAAUAGACGAUGGCUGGUCACCGGUUGGUCCUGGUGUUAGGUGACCUGCACAUCCCCCACCGAUGCAACUCCCUACCAGCCAAGUUUAAGAAGCUGCUGGUGCCAGGCAAGAUCCAGCACAUCCUCUGUACAGGAAACCUCUGCACCAAGGAGAGCUAUGACUACCUAAAGACACUGGCUGGGGACGUACACAUCGUCAGGGGAGACUUUGAUGAGAACCUAAACUACCCGGAGCAGAAGGUGGUGACAGUGGGUCAGUUUAAGAUCGGCCUGAUCCAUGGGCACCAGGUGAUCCCCUGGGGGGACAUGGCAAGUCUGGCCCUGCUGCAGAGGCAGCUCGACGUCGACAUCCUCAUCUCUGGACACACGCACAAGUUCGAAGCCUUCGAAAACGAGAACAAGUUCUACAUCAACCCUGGCUCGGCAACUGGAGCCUACAACAUACUGGAAAGCAACAUCAUCCCGUCCUUUGUAUUGAUGGACAUCCAAGCAUCCACAGUGGUGACGUACGUCUACCAGCUCAUCGGAGAUGACGUCAAAGUGGAAAGGAUUGAGUACAAGAAAUCCUAAAGCCAGGGCUGUAAAGGGAGGGAGGGCCAUGGUUGCCUUGGAGCUUGAUGUUGACCAAGAGGAGUGGCCCUAGCAAGAAGAGCGGCUGUUAUUCCAAGGGACAACACUGAACACCCUGCCAAUAUGCAACAUUCUUCAUUUUGAUAUUUGAAAUAUUUUGAUAAAGAUGUUUCUUACUACUAUACUUGCUGUUUCCACUUCAUUCUUGUGCUUAUUGGUUAUUUCGUAAUCUCAGGUUUACGCAAAUUAACGCGCUGCCACUGUGUCCCCGCUAGAAAAACUUGCCUCAGAUUGCAACCUACACAUAUCAUGAUAUUGAAAACAAUGUUGUUUUUCCUAAACUUACCUCUCUUUGAAUUAUGAAAUCCUACAAUAGAAAAUAAGUAUUUUAACUGUCUGGUUAAAAGUCCUUGAAUAAAGAUGGCGAAGUAGUGCA